UUUUAACUCCGUAGAAGAAGAAAAACAGGAAGUAGUUCUGGUCCUCACUCUACCCAGCUGACUCCAGGAUGAAGCGAAAUAACGAUUUCAAGCUGCAGGACAUUCUUAAAUAACGACAGCCUUGCAUCGCUAUCGGAGCACUGCGUCCCCGCUUCCACUCCCAGGACCCUAACGGGCCCCGUGCUCGGAGGGCUCCCAGGGAGCUCGCUCCUGUUUGGCCAGCAAGCCGCUGCCUUGCGGCUGGCUCAACUGAAAACCCAGAUUGCACUGACGCAAAUAAACAGCACGCUCUCUUUUGCAACCAACUCCAACAAAUCUGUUCCCUGCAUAUCUUCGACUCCCCCCUCCCCGACCGCUGCAGCCAUCAAUCUUCUGAACCUUCUGAAGAUCGCCAACACCAUGUCCCAUCACCUGUAUAACCCAUACGCCCCUGGGAACCAGAGUUCAUCCCAGGGCCAGUAUGGACUCCCCAGUGCACAAACAGAGAGGGAGCCUCAGAGGGCAUCUUCCUUUCUUGGACCUGGUGCAACUCUCAGUUCCUCUGGAGGUCCAUCUGGGAUUCCUGACAACUCUGGGCGAAUGAUUCCGCCACUGAUGCCGCAGUUGAGGAAUUACAGGCCUCAACAGACUAGGACCGCAACAGAUGAUGACAUCGCUAGCUCUGUUGACAUGCAUAUUAGCAGAGCCAGGGAGGAAGUACGGCUUCUUGAAAGACCAAUGCAUCGGCCCAUGAACCAGGACCCUCGCUUUCCCAGUACACAAAGAGAUGAGUUUGUCUCUUCGGACACACGAAUGGGCUCCCACUCGAUGUCCUCCCACUCGAUGUCCUCUACCCAUCCAGGACAAAGGCAGAACUUGGAUAUUCAAGGUGGCAGUAGCUCCACGGACUGGUUAUCCAACUACAAAAGACCCACUGCUGAUGACCCUAAAUUUUAUCCACCACCCGCUUUGCCUAGCAAUGCAAGCAGUGAUGGGGGUAGAUUUCAAACCCCUAUUGAAAGACACCGUGACAUGCAGGCCAUUCCAGGUUUAGGCGAUUAUGAGUAUCCACCUUCAGACAAGCCUGCAGCCUCUGCAGAGCCCAAUCGACCCAAGUACACCUCUGAAAUUGCCGCUAACAUCCUGCUUCACUUUGGGCUUGAAAAAGAGGAUUUGGAACAACUCAUCUCUUAUCCUGAAGACCAGAUCACUCCUGCUAACCUGCCGUUCAUCUUGCGCCAAAUACGCCUCCAGAAGGACAAGAGGGCGUCAGCAGCAGUUCAGCCAAACCCUUACCCUGAACCCCAUUCUGCCAGAACAGCUGUUCUCCAGUCAAGUAAAGUGAUCGACUAUGGACAUACCGGCAAAUAUACGGUAGGAGCUGAUGAUGAGAUGGGACGAAAAAGUGAUAGAGACAUUGGAAGAAUGGGUAGUAUGUUUGCGGUGGACAAUGCUGCUAGCAGACACAGUCUAGAACCACUGCAACAAAACACAACAGAGUGGAAAAGCAGUGCCCUGGGCUCUUCACGGGAGCAGGCGAGUUAUUUUACCAGUCUCAGCUCCUCAAGUAGUUCGGCGCUGAGCUCUGCACCGUCUGCAAGCAGUGUUCAGACAAAACCACGAUCGGUGACCCAACCAAACCAGACUUUACAAAACAUCCUCAGUGCUCUAUGUCUGCCUAAAAAGGACACGGACAUCAGAGGAUGUAAGCCUGAAGUGUCCAAAUGUUUCCCUCUGAAAGAAGCAGAAUCAGAACACCAGUCAACGUCAAAAACCAAACCACCAGGCACUUUGUUUCGCGGAGUGAAUCCCAGCCACCCUGGUCUUAUGCUCAGUGGCAGAAAUGAAGCCGGGGGCAUCCAGGAUCCGAGUAAAACCAAAGGGAAAGGGUCGAUAGUUGUUGAACAUAUCGUAACGCAGCAGGGAAAACAGAAGCAGCAAAUGCAGACUCAGAAGACCCAAAAGCAGCAACUGCAGAAUCAGCAGACGCAGAAACCACAAGUGAAGCCGCCCCAAAAGCAGCAAGUGCAACCGCCACAAAAGCAGCAGGUGCAGCAGAUGCAGCAGAUGGAACAGACCCAGAAGACUAAGCAGAUCCACAAGCAGCCAGUGUCAGCACAGUUACAGAAGCAGGAGCCACAGAUACAGGUUCACCAGACACAGAACCAGCAGGCGCAGCUGACACAGAUGAAGCAGGCACAGCCAGCAUCUCUGAUGGGACAACCAAUGUGGCCUCCAACAUUUUCUUCUCCGCAAUCAUUUAACCCUGUUCAUCUCCUGUCGAUGUUCCCUGGAAGUCAUCCCCCCGGUGUUGGUCCUCCAGUUCCACCUCAGCCGGGUACGGGCCUCACUUCCUACAAUCACUUGAUGAUGCUGAAUCCCAGCCUACAGCCAUCAAGGGUGCCACCGUCCAAGUUACCACCUGAAGUAAUGAUAAAUGACUAUGCGGCUACUCCCCCAAAACUGUUCCCACAUACCUGUUCUCUGUGUAACACAACAUGUUCUAAUAUGCAGGAUUGGAUCACCCAUCAGAACGCCAGCCUUCACCUUCAGAACUGCAAAGGGCUUUGCACAAAAUACCCACAGUGGGCUGAUGAGAUUGAUGGCAAGUCCAGACAAGAGAGACACUCCCGGUCAAAGUCGUCCAGCCCUCGCCGCCACCGUGGAUCAGAGAGUAGAAGGGACAAACGGCGGAGUCGAUCAAGAUCAAGAUCAGCUCAUCGCUCCAGACGGCAUCGCAGAUCUCGUUCUUGGUCUCAUUCUCGCUCUCGCUCCCCCUCCUCCCCGAGAUAUGAUAGUCGGACUUCCUUGCGCCAUAGGUCCCGUUCAAAGAGCCAUGAGAGGCGAUCUUCCCCUAGGAGGAGUGGCAGGAGAGGGUCGACACCAAGGAGGAGCGACAGGAGAGGAUCGACGCCAAGGAGGAGGGACAGGAGAAGGUCGACGCCAAGGAGGAGUCGUGAGCGGCAAUCAUCGCCGAGAAGGAAACGUGAAAGGCCGUUGUCCGUGGAGGAAUCAUCGCCUGAACGAGGGAGACGAGGGAGGGAGAGCAGUGCAGAAAGACUUGCUAAAAAACUUCUGGAAACCUCAGGUGUCCAGUCCCUGACAGAUCAGUCUGACCUGGCGGCCGUGGUAAAGACUCUAGCUCCUGCCUUAGUUGCAGAGCUAACCAAGAUCAAAUCCUCCUCUUCCUCUGAUAAAGGAAGAAAAAGCUCCUCUUCUCCCGCCGCUAAAACAAAGAGAUCCUUAUCCACCACCUCUUCCUCUUCCUCCACCGCAAAGAAGGAGUCGGCAACAAAGCCCUCUAAAGAAAAGCGGACCUUGCAGACUGAGGCAAGUGUUUCAGCAAAGGCUAAAGGGAAGGAGUGUGUGAACCAAAGAAAUGUCUCUGUUCUUUGUAAACCCUAUCCACAAAAGUCUGGCAAAGCAUCGCCCGCAACCAUGGUGAAACUACAGGGGGUUGAGAAAUGUCUAUCUCACUCUGAGGUGCUCUCAGCUGUGGAGCACUUUGGGAAAACCAAGUCGGUUGUUCUGUUCCGGGCCAAAUUAGAGGCAAUCGUGUUUUUCGAGAAAGAAGAAGACGCCAAGAAGUUGAAGAGCGCAAAGAGCCUUGAUGUGAAGGGAAUUGAAAUCACUGUUCUCAGGGAAAAGGAGUCCUUUUCCAAGGAGUCAAGAACACCUCCUAAGAAAAAACCUGCAACGUCCAGUGUGUCCACAUCUGAAUCUAGCAAUGAAAAGGUUGUUGCCUCUUCCACUAACACGUCCAAGGAUGCAACGACUGUCACAAAAGAAAAAGUCACGACUUCAGAAGACAGAAACAUCUGUACCCAGCAGAUAACUAAAGCAUCCAACACAGGAACGAAAGCUGCAGAGGGAGAGGUGAAAACAGCCUUGGUGGAACAAACAUCCAAGGCUUCAAAGUCUGAAUCCACUGAAAACCAGCCUGAUGCUGGGGACUCCAAACAAAAGCCACUACCUGAGAAGUCUAAAACCGCUGCUAAAGAAUCUGCAGUUGAGUUGAAAGACAAACCCCAAGCUACAGAACCAGCUAAAGGCACAAAGGACUUGGCUUCCAAAGCAGACGUAGUCUCAAAAACACAAACUGUAGUGGACCAGAGGCCUGCAGGAGCGACUGUUACACAAGAGCAUGUCAAAGAAACAAAAGACAUGAGUGAGCCUGCCGAAGUAGAAGCUCAGUCUAAUGAAGUGAGGCCUAAAGAAUCUGGAACUGAGGCACUGGAGUCUUUGGAGGUCACAUCCAAGGAAACAAUCAUUGAACCGAAGAAUGAAGGAAAACUUGAUGCAGAGGAACCAAUGAAAGAAACUACAAGUACAGAAGCUGUACCAGAGAUUCCAGCAGACAAACUCAGCUCAGUUCAGAUCCAGCAAAGCACCCCCCUGUCAGAUCCAGAAUCCAAGGCAAAGUUUGAACCAGAGACCAUGACAGAAGAUCCACAUGUCCCAAAUGAGGGAGUUGGAUCUUUGACAGCACAGCCAGCAGCUGAAGCAUUGAGCGAGAAACCUCCUUCUUCAGGUGUAGUGACUCCACUGACUCCUGGGGAGAUGAUGGAAAACCUCCCUGAUCCAAAGACACUCGGAUACUUCAAAAUGAAAACCUACUUCAGACACAAAUUCAAGCAGAAUAACAGGCAGCUGCUUGUUUCCGAGCUGCCGCUGUACGGGGACGGCAGCUACACAGAGGACGAUGUCGCCGGGCUGUUUUCAGAGUUUGGGUUUCUACCUGCAGACGACAACAUGUUUGUGAUUCCUCAGGCUCGCUUGGCCUUCGUCCUGAUGCCGACAGUACAGAGUGCACGUAAAGUCCUGCUUGUUAAGAGGGACAAACCCCUCAGUCUGAAAGGAUCUGAUGUCGGCAUUGACGUGUUAGUCAACAACCAAUCGACACCGCUCGUGUUGUAUAAAAAUCUGAUGAAGCUGAUGAAAUUUGCUGUGCGUGAUGACGGAGAGAGAAUAGUCCUCAUCAAGAACAUUCCUCCAAGAGAAGCAAACGAGCUCCGGGAGGCUCUGAAAGAUUUUGGUUCUUUCAGGAACUACCUGCCUCUCCUCAACAAGGUGUUCAUUCAUUUUAAAACUGAUGAAGAUGCCAAGCGAUUUCAAGGUUGGUACGAUCUCUUGAAACCCGGACGAGGCUGUGAAGUGCACAAGCUGGACACGUACCAAAGCAGCAAUCAAGGAGAGAUAGGUAUGAGAUGGAUGAGGAAGAACAGGGGAUCAGUCAUUCAGUAUGCUGCUGAUGGAACCCCUUUGACCCGCGGAGAAUCGCUGGAACAGCUCCUUCAUAAACACAUGAUUCGAGGCCUCAAGACACAACAAUACAACUCAUCACAUUUUAUUAAAAAUGGUGGCAAGCUUCUGCUCAUCACCGAUCUGCCCAUAUUCCACGACGGCUCCUACACCGAGGCGGAUGUUGCCAAUCUGCUGAUUCCUUUCGGGUUCCAGUACCAUUUUCUGAACAUCCAUGUUGUUCCUCAGAUAAACAUGGCUUUUGCCGUCAUGAAAUCAACCACAGAUGUGCAGAAAAUAAUGAAAGCCUGCAAAAAGCGUCCUCUUAUUCUGAAGGGGUCUACGCUGUCUUUGGACGUCGUGGCUAAGGACUUUGAAUUGGCACCAUUGGAGUUCUACUCAGCAUUGAUGAACCUCACAAUUUCUCAUCAGCCCACGAAGUUUGACGGAGCAAGAUUAAUCUUCAUCAGGAACAUUUCAUCGAGUGAGACCAAGGACCUCAGAGAGGCUUUGAGGAAAAUCAGUACAGUCAGGAACUUUCUGCCUCUCCUCAACAAGGUAUUUAUCGAAUUUGAUUCGUCCCGAGAUACUGAUCGUCUCGGGGUUUGGUUCAGUUUUCUAAAACAAGCCCCCAGCUACAUAAUCCACCGACUGAGAGUACCAAUCAGCGGCUGUAACUCUCUGCCACCAAGACUUCCCGAGCGCACUCUGCCAGACAGUGAAAACAUCAUUGAAGGGGUGACGGUCCUCCCUGCAGACGUCGUCGUUCCACAGGGCACCACGUCACCGCUGUGGGUCACGAUGAAACACAGUCCCUUCGUGUUCCCGACCACCUCUCCGUGGUUCAUGAUCCCAGAGUACCAGACCAUCAGAAACAAGGAUGACUUUGAGAGAGUCAAGGACUCCACGUUCCCCACCAUCAUGUUGACCGGUUUGCCAGAAGGAAUAUACAAGCAUGAGGACGUGGUGAAGCUUGUGUGGCCCUACUUCAACAAAAGUGAUCGCAACCUUCAGUCCAUGUACUACAAAGUGACGGUCUUACCGCUGCAGAGGAGGGCCUUUGUGUUUUUUACCGACUGGACAACAUGCAGCAACUUCCUACGAGAACACAUCUCAAAACCGCUUUUUGUCGAGGGACACGAAAUCAGGGUCCAUUUCGUCCAGCAGGACAUGCAUCAUGAGCCAAGCGAGGAGAUGUUGUACAAAUGCCUGAUGAAGUGGAGCAACGCAGGAGCUCCGGAUCUGAACUCUCUGGAGGAGCGGUUGCUGUGUGUGGAGGUCACGGUGGCGUCUGUGGACGUCAUCUGCGCGGUUCUACACGUGGUGGCAUCUGUCGCACCUUUCGUCAACUUCCUGCCACUCGCCAACAGGAUCUGCAUUGAGAUGGCUGAACCAAGCGGGGUAACCAAGGUUAUAGAAACAAAAGACACCUUACGCCCGAGCGCUUAUGACGAGAUGCAUUUAUGGGACAAAGUUCUGAGUUUUGAGACCGUGGAGAGCCUGAAGCAGCGUCUACAAGAUUCUAGUGAGAUACCAGUUCGAUUUCAGCAGUUACUUCUCAGUAUUGACACCGAGCCCCCAGCUUUGGAAAGUCAAACCCUGGAUCCUCCCGCUGAAUCUUUGGAUAAUGGAUCACAAUCUGCCCUGCAAACCAUCAACCCCGAUGGAUCCACCAUUCCUGAGCCUGCAGAACCAAGUUCUUCUGUCGUAAAGACCGAGGAAGUCCAGGAACCAGUGGCUGACAUCGCCAUGGACUGCACUGCUGGUUCCACUUCAGAUGAAGGUGUUGAGAAAAUACAGGUGGAAGAGGAGCCACCAUCAACAACAACAGCAACAACAACUUUAGUCGCUCCAACUGCUUUGCAAGUUAGCAGUGACAACAUAGUCCCUGCUGCUUCCGGCCCUGACCCCCCAUCCACAGCCCCCGUGCCUGAAGAAGACCCCGCAGAGCUCCCUCAGAUUGACGUUGAGAUUUUACAGGCGCUCACUGCGGCGGUUCGUCAGCACAGACUCACCCUCGCGAGCAAGUCCAAGAGCAAGGAGGAUGAGAGCCCUGGUGAAAGCAAUGCAAGCUCCAAAACUGCAGCAGCUGAAGAAGCAUCUCAAAAAAUGGGUCAGGAUGAUCUCAGAGAAGAAGUUUCCUUCAGGACAAAUCCAUUCGACGAGCAGACUUUGAACAUGGACGACUUUGUCACAGUUGAUGAAGUCGGCGACGACGCCGAAGACCCGAACCCAGAGCCUCAACGCUCCUCCUCGUCCAAGCAUUCUUCCAGGGAGACGAGACCGAGGCAAAGCUCGAGUAAUCGAAGGAUGUCAACACGGUCUUUCAAAGACACCAAGGGCUCGUCUUCUCCCUCAUCCAAGUCGAGUAAAGGCUCCAACUCCACCUCUGCUUCACCUAAAAAGUCUAAAGACUCAUCCUCUACCGGUGCCAGUAAGGCCUCCCUCUCUGCUCCUCCAGAACCUCUUUCUUCCCUGAGGACACGCUCAUCCUCUGCUGCACAAGGAAGGGAGAAGGUGAAAUCAACAGCAGCAGCAGCAGCAGAGGUGUCAUUAGAGACUCAUCCACAGCAGCUUGAAGAGGAAGCAGCAGAGAGUGCAGUGACAAAGUCUGCCCACAAGGUGUCAGCAGAGGACGCAGCUGCAAAAUCUGUCGAGUCAGAGAUGAAAGCAGAAACAUCAGGAAGGAAAAAUGAUGUCGACCAGACAGAUGACAAGAUGGAUGAUGGAGGACAAGACCACAGCUCGAAAAACCAGACAACUGGGCCCAAGGAAUCGCAGACUUUACAUGAGGAAAACUCUCAGAUUGAUGAGUCUCUUUCAAAGCAAGAAGUUACAGGUGACCCAGGCCAAGACGAUGGAUCCACAGCAAGGCAGCGGUCUGAGGAAGAGGAAGUUCAAGUAGUGGACAAACCUGCUAAGGGAGAUGGGAAGGAAGAGGUCAAAGACAAAGUGUUUUCAAAGGAAUCUUGCAAAGACUCAAAAGAUGCAGACAAACUUGAGAACCAGGAGCAGCCUCUCCAAGAAGGGAAUAGUGACAUUACUGAUCAACCAGCGUUUGAAAUACUGGAUUCAGUCGAUGAUCAGACUGCAGCAGAGGAUGCAACCACCAGUGAGAAGACAUCUAAAGAAGACAUUACUCUAAGAGAGGAAGAGGAAGUCACUUAUCAGAUACUUGAUUCUGUGGAAGAACCUCUAGCAAGCACAGAGACCGGGUCAGAGACUGACAAGGGUGCAAAGCAGGCAAAGAAAGAGGAGGGCCCCGCUAGGAAAGAUGGUAGACCUUCAAGAAGGAGCGGCCACACGAGCAAAACUUCCAAAUGUGAAGAGAAGGAGAAAGAAGACAAGAUUAAUGACACACGGAUGAAGAAGGAUAUUGCCAAAGAGGUCACCGAGGAGACUGUGUUUGAGAUUGUUGAUUCAGUAGAAGACACUUCGACUCAAGAAAGGUGUAGUAGAAGAAGAAGUACAAGAGGAAAGAAAGAGGAUAAAGUCCCAGAGGCAUCUAAAAAAACGGACAAGGAUGAGGAGGCAACCUUUCAGAUUUUAGACUCCGUGGAAGACGAGACUCUCGUUGAAAAACCGACCGUCAGAGGAAGAAAGGACAAGGGGAAGGUAGACGCUCCAGUUGAGAAAACGCAGAAAGAGGACACGCCGACGAGAAGGAGGGAGACUCCUGCCAGAGAGUCGCGAAGCAGGGAGAAGACAGAGGAGAAAGAGAGUGAGGAGGUCGCCAAGUACAAAAUUCUGGACUCUGUAGAAGACGAAGUCAAGGAUGACCCGCCUGCUACAAGAGGCAGAGGAAGGAGGGGAAGACCCAAGAAGCAGGAAACGACUAAAAAAGUUGGUGCAACAUCCAAAAAAGUGUCCGAAGAAGCAGAAGAAGAGAAGACGUAUCAGAUUGUCGAUUCAGUGGAAGAUGAUCCGCUCCCCUCGGACCAAACCGGCACCGCAGGAAACAUUGACGAGCAAGACCUUGAGAGGGCAACAAAAACUGAGGAAGAGGAGGAGAAAGAACCGAGGUAUGAGAUUGUAGAUUCUCUGGAAGAUGAUCAAGUCCAAGAAGAGCCGACGGCCACGGAGGAGUCCCAAAGAACAAGACAGACCAAAGACGAAUCUCCUGGAAGAGUCGAUGGUUUAGAGGAGGGCCAUGAUGACCCGUGUGAGAAAGGAAGGACAGCCACAGGAGACAUUAAGGAAUCCAAAUCAAAGAGUGAUGCUGUCAUACUUGAAAAAGAGAAGAAGCAGAGAUCCCCAGAGAAAGGACGGACACAAAGAAGCACUCUGGACGAAGUUAGCGACGAGGAAGAGGAUUACCCCGAUGACACGGCCGAGGAGGAGGAACUGAGGAAGCGUCAAGCUGCUGCGAAAGAGAGGAGCCACAGCAGCAGCAGAGGAGGAGGAAGAGGAGGAAGGAAAGGGAGGAGCAGGGAGAAGGAUGAAGUUGACGCCCAGGAGCUGGUCACUCUUGAUGAGGUGGGGGCGGGUGACGCCGGGGAAGGAGAAGCGCGAGACAAUCAAGACCAGGAUGGGAAGAUCAAGGAGGGAGACCUGCUGGCACUGGUCACCCUGGAUGAAUUUGUAGAAGAAGAGACGGAAGGACAGACCCGCUCGCUCAGCCAGGAGGGAGAGUCACCGGACACCCCCAACCAAAAGAUUUCAGAUGAAGCUGGUCAUGAAGAAGAAAAAGGGGACGAGGAGCAAGCUGAGAAAACCUCGAGACCUGCAAAGCGCAAACACGAUGAUGACACAGAGGAAAGUAUGAACUUUGUGACCGUAGACGAGGUGGGAGAGGUGGAAGAAGAAGAGGAGGAGAAGGAAGCGGUAACACCCAGGAGAAGAGGCCGAGCCAAGAGAACCAGACGGACUCCUGUGAGAAAAUCUACAAGAGGGAAAAAUGUGAGUUCACAAGAAGAGAAAGAAGAGGAGAAGGAACCAGCUGGUGAAGUACCCCUAGAAGCCUCUUCUUCAUCAGACAAAGAUCCGUCCAAACUGUCAGAGACCCCGAAGACAGCAGAGGUGGAGGACGUAAACCAAGCUGCUCCUGCUGGUCUGGAGGACAAAACGCUUGAGGGAUGCACAGAAGGAGGGAAGGAAGAGAAGGAAGAAAGGAGACAAGCAGGCAUUAAAGUUUUGAGCAAACAGAGGAGGGAUCUUGAUGGACCCAGAGCCAAACGGUCUCGCUCUCUCUCUCCCUCCGUUCCCGCCGACUUCAAACUGCCGGCUUUCAAACCCAACACCCCCCUCGGUCAGGAGUUCGUGGUCCCCAAAUCCGGUUACUUCUGUAACCUCUGCUCGGUUUUCUACUACAACGAGAGCACGGCCAAGGAGCUCCACUGCAGCAGCCAGAAACACUACGACAACUUGAAGAAACAUUUCCAGAAGCUUCAAGAGAAAUCAGCAAGUCCAUCACAGAGCUGUGUGUCGGAUUGAUCUGAACUUCACCUGCUGACUUUUUAUUCUUACAAGACGUCGAAAGAGUCGAGCGCAACAAAUGAAAAAAAAACGCUGCUUCAUGAAUCACCGCACACGGGCUUCGCUAUCAAAUGAAGCAGUGGGUAGAUGAGCACUUUAUUUCCUGUAAAUGAUGUAAAUCUAUAAAAUUCUCUACAAGGAAUUAAGCAUGACUUGAAUGUAAGCUGACCUGAACUCUACACUUCCUGUGCCUUGCUUCGCUUACAGUCGGUUUCAGUUUUAGGGAUCGCCUCCUUUUGUUGUCAUUUGUCAGCAUUUUGUCCCAAAUGGAAGAAGAUGACGACAUCCCUCUGGAUCACAAUGAGUUUACAUUUUUAGAUUUGAUAUUAGUUGAAAUUGUAGAAGAGAUUCAAUUAGUCCCAAGCGUCUUUCUGGGAGUGUAUUCCCUUGUUUUGAAAACUAGAAACCAUCACAUGAUUUAAGUGUUAGCUUUAUGUCUUUGUAGAUUGCCUGAACGUCAACAGAAACUCAGUCUGAGACUAAAUGUUAUGCUGCAGGAUAUUUCACUUCUCUUUCUCCUUUGGAAACGUACCAGAGAUGAGUUCUGAUGCCAGGUUCUCUGUACACAAGUGAAGGUGUGAGCUGAAGUCUGUUUUUCAUGCGCAUUUCCUGUUUUUUAGGUCAAACUUUGUGUUUGUAAGAAGACUCUAACUCAUUUCAAAAUACCUUGCACCAAAGCCUCUCCAAAUUCUGUUACAGGAGAGGUCAAAGCUUGAUUUUUAAUUUUAACAUCACAAGGUCAGUUUGUGUCUGAUAAGGGUCCAAUGAGAAGAUGAAAGUUGUACAGUUUGGUUUGUUUUCUUAAAAACUUGGUGUCUUAA